UCCAGCAAACAUGGCGGCGGCGGCGGGUAGUAGCUGCUGGAAGGCUCCGGAGGUUUACAAACACCACGAACAGCGGAAAGUGUGCAUAUCUCGACCUAAAUAUCGAGAGGGGAGGAAAGCCAGGGCCGUUAAGGUGUACACCGUCAAUUUGGAGUCUUGUUAUGUGAUGGUACAAGGGGUCCCCGCCAUCGGAGUUAUGACAGAGCUCAUCCAGCUGUGUGCUUUGUAUGGAGUCGUACAAGAAUACAGGCCCUUGGACGAGUACCCCGCCGAAGAGUUCACCGAGGUCUACCUUGUCAAGUUCCAGAAGCUCACUAGUGCCAGAGCUGCCAAACGACACAUGGAUGAGAAGAGUUUCUAUGGCGGCGUGCUGCAUGUUUGCUACGUCCCUGAAUAUGAGACGGUAGAGGACACCAGGAUGAAGCUUCAGGACCGGAAGAGAUACGUAAUGAGAAUGGCGCAGAACAGAGCCCGAGAGAGGGAGCAGGAAGAGGCGGCGAACCAAGAGCCCGCAUCAUCAGAAGAACCCGCAGCAGCCGUCAUCCCCACUCAUGACAGCGAAGGAGAGCGUUGGAACGUGAAUUCAGCCUUUCCUUUGCUGCCACUACCUCCUCAGGAACAUCACUACUCCGCACACAAAAGCCCCCACAGGACUGUACCAACAGAGGACAAAAUGGGGACGUUGCACAAUGCUGUUGUCGACGCGAAAGGGGCGGCGGCAUCAAACUCAAGCCACUGCCAAAAGCACACACAUAAAUCUCGAGGUGCACGGGUUACACUGACCUCGAAUCAGCCCUCCGCGGUCACGUUUGUACCGAGGACAACACAUUUGGAGAGCAGAAAACGCAAGAUUGAAGAGCUCGUCUCACACUCGCCGGCUGAGGUCAGCGGAAAAGAUGAGCCACUCAUUGGACCGAAACUAGAGGCCGCUCCUAAAGUGGACAUGGAGGACGACUCCCUGAACGCAACUGUCAACCUGAUCAGGAACACAAUGAAACGGGUGGAAUCUGUUCUCGACCUCAAACCAGUGGAAAAGAAGAUUAAACCACGUCGGCGCAUUUAAUCAUGACACUUAACUGAUACAAUCAUCACAACUAUUAAUAAAACAACUGUUCAAAUUGUUUAUUUGAACAUCUUUUUUUAUCUGUUGA